CAGAAGGCUCAAGGUUUGUUUGGCGAUCGAGGCGGGCGGGAGGUUUGUAUUUCGGGUUCGUUUCUCCAUGCCAGAAUGCUGAGAACCUUCAUCAACAAGAAGCGGAAAAGGACAGCAGAAGCCGACGAAGAGGAUGAAAUAAAGAUCGUCAGGGUAGUUGAACCUCCAGCCCAAAGAAGGCGGGUCAUCACAUGGCUCAAGGAGAAUGUUGUUGAUAAAAUCAAAAAAACCUUUGUCACUACUUCAGGCCCUAGCAUUACGGAAACUUGUACAUUAUUCAACACACCGGAAAAUGAGAAAAGGGUACGGUACUCUAUGACCCCCCACAACCUCACAAGCCCUAGUGGCAUAGAGAGAAGAUCAUGGUAUGAAUUAGAUUCUUACAUACCCUUAACUGAGAACAAAACAACAGAAUUUAAAGCUGGAAGUGGGAGAUAUCCCAAGGAUAUCCUGCCCAAGCACAUAAGAAAGUAUGGAUGCGGCUUUCUUAACAGCUGUGGUGGAGUUCUUCUUGUUGGUAUAUGUGAUGAUGGUAGAGUCCAAGGAAUAUAUUGUCGCCCCUAUGAAAAGAGUGACAUAGUAAAAUUAGUUACAAAUGAGUUUAAAAAGUUCCAGCCUGCUGUCACUUCUUCAAUGUUUGGGAUCAAUUUUUUUGGGGUGACGCGGAGGCAAACUAGCUGGGAACAAGCAAGAGGAUACAGAGACUUCAUACCAGAAUGUUAUGUAUUGGAAAUAUCCAUACAGGCAGGCCAACCAGGGGAGAUAUAUGAAGACUCUCUCCACCAGGUGUUUAUUCGUAGGGAGGGCUCAGUGGAAGGGCCAUUAAAUCCUCUCCAAAUAAAGGACCUAGUCCUUUCCAAAUAUAGAAAACUUCUGGAAGAUCGGAAAAGAAGAAGAGAAGACGAUGAAAUCGACCCGCCCACAAAACAUGCACGGCUGGAAUACUCACCGUAGGACGUCCUACGGUGAGAUCUGGUCAUGAUCAUUGUUUCUAGCCUUCAAAGCGCGAUAAUCCAAAGUAUGGAUAAGUAUAAAGUUUCAAUAUAUUUGCAUACUUUUGAGGCUUUGAACAAUCACCUCCAAGUAUCGCCUUGGAAUAACUUGGUAUGUUCUGCGCUAGUUUGGCGUCGAAAUUGUUUCAAUAGCUUUAACAACUUUUUGAAAUCGGAAUAAAAAGUGCAAAUGAUUACAGCCAAAAGGCCAGACUACAAACGUGAACUUUUAGGCGGCCGAUAAGAGAAUAAAACCACUUCGUGAUGGAAUGCAACCCAAAACGUAUUAACCUUCGCCGCCAUUUGUUUUCUGCCGUCUUAUCGCCGUUGUUCUGAUAAAAAAAAACCCGUAGUUGAUUGGUGGAGGGCUUUAAAAGUAUGCAAAAAUACAUCUAAACUGACCAUACUUCUGGUUCUCGCGCUGUAAUGCGACGGUUGCACAUUGUGCAUACACGGAAACGCGAAUCUCCCGUCGAAAAAAGAGGGAGUUUUAUAUUCUGGAAUAACCUAUCCGUAUUGCACAAAUUUAUAGAAAAUCCGGUAAAGCAUAAAAACAUGUUAUUGUUAUGGUAUGUAGUAAUCAAAAUGUCACCCUUUCGAGUGUCCAAAAAGUUUAGAAUGAAUCAAAUGAUAGAUCGAAGAAAAAGAGUAUAUUUAAACAGUAUAUAGAGGAUAUAUGAUAACAACAGUCCACAGGAUGUUGAUAAAAAUUUUAUAUUGAUAAAGAGAUAUUUUGCA